CGCUCCCGGGGUGGCCAUGGGUCGCAGGCCGGCUCGCUGUUACCGCUACUGUAAGAACAAGCCGUACCCGAAGUCGCGCUUCUGCCGGGGCGUCCCCGACGCGAAGAUCCGCAUCUUCGACCUGGGCAGGAAGAAGGCGAAGGUGGACGAGUUCCCGCUCUGCGGCCACAUGGUGUCGGACGAGUACGAGCAGCUCUCGUCCGAGGCCCUGGAGGCGGCCCGCAUCUGCGCCAACAAGUACAUGGUGAAGAGCUGCGGCAAGGACGGCUUCCACAUCCGCGUGCGGCUCCACCCCUUCCACGUGAUCCGCAUCAACAAGAUGCUGUCCUGCGCGGGCGCCGACCGGCUGCAGACCGGCAUGCGCGGGGCCUUCGGGAAGCCGCAGGGCACCGUGGCCAGGGUGCACAUCGGCCAGGUCAUCAUGUCCAUCCGCACCAAGCUGCAGAACAAGGAGCACGUGAUCGAAGCCCUGCGCAGGGCCAAGUUCAAGUUCCCGGGCCGCCAGAAGAUCCAUAUCUCCAAGAAGUGGGGUUUCACCAAGUUCAACAUGGAUGAGUUCGAAGACAAGGUGGCAGCGAAGUGCCUCGUACCCGAUGGUUGCGGAGUCAAGUACGUCCCGGACCGAGGCCCCUUGAACAGGUGGAGAGCUCUGCAUUCCUAAGGACUUUGGCUAGCAUGGAAAGAUAUCGGAGUGGCCAGUCUGUUUUGAAAAUGUUGAUUCGGUUGUUAGAACAUAGGAUGUUAGAAAAAAAGUUUGCGUAGUAAGUACAGAACUUGUUUAAGGAAGAAGAAAACUAGUUAUAGAAGAAGGCGUUAUUCCAGUGUUCCCACUUGAUAUUUAUGGGUUGUACUAAAAUGUGCCAAAUGUUUACUAACCUCGUAAAUUAUGUUAUGCUUUUGGAAUGAAGACCUAGAGAAAAUCUUAUAUUAAUUAUAGGAAACUGAGAUGAAAAUUAUAUUCCAACUAUAGACUCUGAAACUUUCUAAAUAUUGUUUUAUUUUCCUAAACAUCUCUGAAUGUCUUUUCAGUUACCUAUAAUUUCUGGUUACAGUGUUAGAACCAUUGGGUAUAAUGAAAAAAUGAUUUUCUAGACAAGACUUACAUUAUCUUGUACUCAGGAGACAACAGUCCAAUCUUUACUUCAUCUCAGAAAGGUCAUAGGUGACAGCAGAGUAGAUACUGCUUGUACUUGGGCCUCAGUAGAAUCAACAGAAGCGAGAAAAUGACACUACAUCAACUCUCUGUGCUCUAAAGGUACCCUGGAGAAGGUUUGCAAUCUGUAGCUGUUUGCCCUACAUGAGAGCUAUAUUGAUUACAUGGGUGAUUUUUAUUUUUAUUUCAAAAGCUACCUAGCCUAAAAUUGCUGGUUAUACAGUUGUUUUUAUUUUACUACUGUUUGUUUUUUAUAUUUUAGGUUGAUUUAUCCUUCUUAACUUUAAUUUUGCAACCUGCCUUCGGUUUCUUGUACUAAUUUUCAGUCAACAUAUUUAGUAAAAAAAAAAGAAUAUUAAGCAACAUGGAAGCUUUGCUCUUUAAGUAGUUUCCACUUAAAAUCAUGUUGUUUUUAACAUAUGGCAUCUAUUUGAUAUUUUACUUGUCUGUAAGUUACUUAUAUAUGUACUUUCAUACUUGGUUGCUGUUUUAAGCUUAUAACAAUAUUGAUGUCAUAAAUAAGGUUUAGCAAGAUAAUUCUCAACAAUAACAUGAGUGCAUUAAAAGAGCUCUGCAGCAUAAAACACACUUUCCUUGAUGUAUUCUACUUGCUGCAUUAAAACUUCUAAAGUUGUCUGGGAAAUUAUGUCAUAGGCAAUUAAUAAAUGAAGAUAUGUUUGUCUA